CGUGCUUUUCUGCACCUCUGCAUACUAUUGAACAGAACCCCCCCCCAGAGAGCAGCUCCAUCUCUGGUUUGACUGACAGCUGUAGCUCCUCUCUCGGGCGUCAUCACUUCGCUCUCAGAUAAAGUGGAUCUUGACCACUUCUGCUCCCAGUGUUUCAGGGAUGAAUGCGCAAUGGACUGACUCCUACUAGGGAUGAAGGAGCAACUGCUUUGAGGACAUCUCUUCUCUGAGAAGCUCGGCUGCAGCCCCCUCACCCUCUCAUCCACUCGCCUAAACUCUUGUUCCAUCACAUUUCAGAGUCCCCUUCCAGCCUUCACCAUGACUGCGUUCGACUUCUCGGAUAUAGAGGCGUUUCUGGACUGCCACCCGGACCUGUUUGAGGAGUACCUGGUUCGGAAAGCCAAAUGUGACCAGGUGAGCAGGUGGCUGAAGGAGCAUCAGCCGUCGAAAGUGUCCACGGCGGAGAAACGCGGCGCCGCCACGGACCCGCUCUGGCCGACCAACGCCGACGGGCUCCGGCGCAGAUCGUCCCACAUGGAGCUGCGGCGGAACUUCGCCCGGUCCAAAGCCACCACCGCGCACCGCACCUACGACGAGCAUGUGAGCCUCAGCGAACACGAGUCCCAGUCCAGCAUGAGGCGCCGUGCGCUCCUGCGCAAAGCCAGCUCCCUGCCUCCGACCACGGCGCACAUCCUGAGCGCCCUGUUGGAGUCCCGGGUCAACGUGCCCCAGUACGCGUCCAGCGCCAUCGACUACAAAUACAGACUCAAAGAAACCAACGAGAGGGAGUUUUUCUUGGAGUUAGUGAAGGACAUCUCCAAUGAUCUGGACCUGACAAAUCUGAGUUAUAAGAUCCUGAUCAACGUGUGUAUCCUGGUGGAUGCGGACAGGUGCUCGCUUUUCCUGGUUGAGGGACCCGCUCACAAGAGGACUCUGGUGUCCAAGUUCUUUGAUGUGCACUCGGGCACCACAGUCAGACCAUCAUCCAGCACCCUGAACUCCAAUGAGGUGCAGGUGCCAUGGGGGAAAGGCAUCAUAGGAUAUGUGGCAGAGCAUGGAGAGACUGUAAACAUCUCAAAUGCAUAUGAGGAUCACCGCUUCAGCGAUGAGAUUGACAAGUUAACCGGCUACAAGACUCAGUCCAUCCUCUGCAUGGCCAUCUGCAACAGUGAUGGAGAAGUUAUUGGGGUUGUCCAAGCGAUAAAUAAAAACCCAAUAGGCACCCCGUUUACUGAGGAUGAUGAGAAGGUGCUGCAGAUGUAUCUACCAUUCUGUGGAAUAUCGAUUUCUAACGCCAAGUUAUUCUCAGAGUCCCGCAAGGAGUAUGAAAGGAGUCGGGCUUUGCUAGAGGUGGUCAAUGACCUGUUUGAGGAGCAGACCGACCUGGAGAAGAUUGUCAGGAAGAUCAUGCAGCGAGCGUUGACCUUACUACAGUGUGAACGCUGCUCUGUGCUUCUUCUGGAGGACAUCGAUUCACCUGUGGUGAAGUUCUCCAAGACGUUUGAGCUCAUGUCUCCUUUGUGCAACAUUGACCGAGAUAUCAGCAUGGAGAAGUUAUCCUGCUCCGACUGGCUGAUCAAUAACAGCAUUGCUGAGCUGGUGGCUUCCACAGGACUGCCUGUUAACAUCAGCGAUGUGUGUCAGGACCCACGCUUUGAUGCUGAGGCAGAUCAGGCCUCAGGCUUCCACAUCAGAUCAGUGUUGUGUGUCCCCAUCUGGAAUCGAACCCACCAGAUAAUCGGAGUCGCACAGAUUCUGAACCGCCUGGACAGGAAGACUUUCAAUGAUGCAGAUCAGAGACUGUUUGAGGCAUUUGUGAUAUUCUGUGGGCUUGGAAUCAAUAACACUAUGAUGUACAAUCAAGUCAAGAAGACAUGGGCCAAACAGUCUGUAGCACUGGAUAUGUUGUCCUACCAUGCUACCUGCUCCAAGGUGGAAGUUGAUAGACUUAAGGCUGCCAAGAUCCCCCUGAGCAGUGAGUUAGGCAUCGAUGAGUUUCACUUCAACGACUUCUCUCUGGACAAUGACGCAAUGAUCACCGCAUCGCUCAGGAUGUUUCUGGAACUUGGUGUCGUCCAAAAGUUUAAAAUAGACUAUGAGGUUUUGUGCCGCUGGCUUCUGACUGUGAGGAAGAACUAUCGAACCGUUGCUUAUCAUAACUGGAGACACGCUUUUAAUGUGUCGCAGUGCAUGUUCGUAAUGAUCACAACAGCCAGUUUCCAGGAUGUCCUGUCAGAGGCAGAGAUUCUGGCUCUGAUGGUCGGCUGUUUGUGCCAUGACUUGGACCAUCGGGGCACCAACAAUGCAUUUCAAGCCAAGACAGGCUCCGCUCUGGCUUUGCUUUAUGGAACAUCAGCCACUCUGGAGCAUCAUCACUUCAACCAUGCAGUCAUGAUCCUGCAAAGUGAGGGUCACAAUAUCUUUGCAAACCUCUGCUCUAAGGAGUAUAGCAACAUGAUGCAACUAUUGAAGCAGGCUAUUCUCUCCACAGACCUUACUUUGCACUUUGAGCGCAGAACCAAGUUCUUUGAGUGUGUUCUGUCUGGAGAAUUCAGCUGGACAGAUGAAGGACACAGAGAAGUUCUCAGGUCUAUGCUGAUGACAGCCUGUGAUCUGGGCGCUGUCACUCGACCAUGGAAGAUAUCCAAACAGGUGGCAGAGCUGGUGACGAGUGAAUUCUUUGAACAAGGUGACAGAGAGAGGUCUGAGCUUAAAUUAACCCCAGCAGCCAUCUUUGACCGCAAUCGCAAAGACGAACUACCUGCCUUACAGCUAGAAUGGAUCGAUGGGAUCUGUAAACCUCUUUACCAGGCGCUGCUGAAGCUCAAUAGGAAAUUACAGCCAAUGAUGGACGGGAUAGAUGCCAAUCGACAGAAGUGGCAGGACCUCAGCUCAUCCUAUCAGCAGACACGUAGAGCCUCAGUGUCCAACCCGAGUACUGAACCAGGUCAGAAGUUCAGUGAAGAUACAGAAACCAGCGAACGCCCCAAGACUGCAGCGACUGUGAAACUAGAUGAAAACAACAAGAUGAAGUCUAAAUGCAGGCAGGAUCUAAAGUGGAGAUUAAACAAACAACCCUGCGAUGAUGAAGCAGCAUCGGCUGGUAAUGUAACACCUGCAGGAAAUAAAUAAGGCAAGCUCAGUGUUAAGGUUUACCCAUAAAAUGGCACACAUGGGACUCCUCAAAUGCCCUGUGAUUUUCUUACACAUGCACUACCUGACACUAUCUGGGUAAGUGAAAUGCAGUUUUCAUCUGCAGCGCAUAUUGCUUCUGCUAAGCAUCACUGUAUUAAACUCAGGGGUGGGAUUGAUUCCCCUCGGUCAACCUCUAAAGGGUAGUUUCCCUGUUUGUGUGUAUCUGAAAGCUGUUUGUCAAUGACAUGAAUCAGAACAAGAGACUUUUUAAAACCAAAGAGGGCCACUAAUUACUGUAUUGUUUUUACUGGUAACUGUCCUAAAAUCACAAGCCCACAUUGGAAUGCCUUUACACAACAAAAAGGAAUCACUGUGACACGUCACAUAAAUUGCCAUUAUGAAUGUAGACUGGAGCACGAUCUUGUUCCUGAAUGUUGUUUUCAGUGUUUAUAGGUUAACUGAGCUGUUUCGCCACCAGCUUGUUCUGUGCAUUGCAUGUAUAUAUCAUAUCAAAACUAUACAUUGCUACACUUUCAUUUUAAUUUAAAACUGUCAGAAAAGUGGUAAAUGAUCAUCAUUGUUGUACUGAUUCUGUAAAGAAGGUCACUGAUAAAAUGCAGACUCCAUAGGCUGAUUUUGUGUUUGAGCGUGCUUACACAGAGGAAUAUAAAUGGUUUGAAACCGUGUCAUGGGUUUGAAACAAACUUUUUAGACAAGCAGAAUAGGUUUUUGUAACAUACUGUAAUUCUUUGUGACUAACCCGAGUGAGACAAACACAUGAAUGUGUGUCUGCGUUUGUAUGCUCUGUUCAAAGUCAGAUCUACUUUCUCUUUACAUGGGCCCACAUGUAACUCUAACAGUUAUUUCUACGUAGUCUGACUCACCGAACGCAGACUUCAGAUAUAAGUCUACCACUUUUUCCAUACAUUUCAUGCAGCUUUUUCCACCCCUUCUGCUAUCUGCGUGUAACGGCUUUAAAAAUUUCCUUAUCUUUAGGAAACAACAACAACAACCUCUGAGCAGCAACCUAUGUUGAAAAUCUCAAUUUUUACUGAGGAUUUGGAUAGCACAAUAGGUUGCUGUGAGGCUCUUUUGCUGAAUCAGCCAUUUUAACAAUAGUGCCCGCCUACAACAGGCAAAUGUUCAACCAAAACAAUUUCCCUGCCACUAUUUUGAGGGGACACAGUUGCUGCAUCUUGGUCUUAGCUAAGCCCAAGAUGACUGUAAUUAAUUCAGAGAAAUACAAACAAGCCAGAGCAUUUCCACCCUAGAACAGAAUGAUGAUAAGGACCAUUCUGUGCUGCAGAAUGGUCCAACUAUAUGAGACUAGGAUCAUUGCUAAAAAAAACAACAACAGCAACAAAAAAACAAGAUAAUGCUGCUCUUUUCUUUGGUAUGUCAUGAUCAAUUAUUAUUAGUUUAUUGAGUCAUAUAAUAUUUAGUAUUUGCAGACACUGUUUUCCUAGAUAAGUUUUGUAGAUUAGUUGGAGUACCUGUUGUGCCACCAGGUAGAGCCUCUAACUGGAUGAUGGCCAUAGAAGGCGGCUCUUGAUCAAGUAAAGAAGCACUGUGAUAAAGACUUGAUAAUGAUAUGAGACUUAUUAACAUCAGCCAAACUGAGAUUAACUACUGCAGCGUUCCUACAGGUUAGUGGUACACCUAUUUGCCAUUUUUAUAUUUUCUUUAUCACACUUCUGUGUGAUAAAGGAUCAAAAUGAAGAAUCAGUUAUGGGCUUAUCCUGAAAGAGAUCAGUUAAAGGUUCCUGUGGUCGGUCACCAACCCAAUCUAAAAAUUAAAUCCUCACUAUAACACUGAGCCUUACUUUUGCCCACAUAUCAGCAGAAACCCCCAUCCUAGUGAGGACAUAAACAGGAUCUUUCCUUUAUGCUCUUUAGUAAAGUUUUACCACAAAGUUAGUCUUGCAUAGCCAGACUUAUCUCCACAGCACCAUGUCGGGGCGUAGAAUGGCCUGGUUGCACCUCAUAAUAAUUUUACUGUCUAUCAUUUAACUCUCCUACUACUGUAUUUCUUUAAACCAAUCACAAUUUUUUGGGUUGGUUAACCCUAAGAUGCAAUGUUGGGAAAAUUGUUUUAGUAGAACAUUCACACGCAGAGAGACACCAAGACAUAACCCAGACAAAAACACGGAUAAUUCACUAAAAGAACCAAGCCGGUCAAACUGCUGGGAGGUUGUUGCUGUUGUUCCUUACAGUGGCAAAGUGAGUUUUGAAAACAGUGACACAGAUAGCAGAAGGGAAGGAGAAAGCAGUAUGAAAUGUCUAACAGAGAAGGCUAGCUUAUACCUAAACUCUACAUCCAGUGAGCAUGAGUAUUAAGAAGCUAACAGCAAGGCUUCUGAAAACCAGCCCCAAGAUCACUUUACAGAAAAAAUGCUUUAACGAGGUUCAUUUGCAUGUUGAAGACAGUUAAGGUGGCCCUGGCAAUGGUAACUAUAUCUGAUUUGCAACUGUAACGUGAUAACAGAAUUUAGGAACACUAAUGCAUCACCUCACUGUCAUACAAACAAAUGUAAUUUGGUAACAGUACUGCACUACCCAAACGAAGUUGCUAGGCAACCUCCGAGUUGUGGUUGAUGCACUGGCUGAGCAAAGUUAUGCUAAUUUUCCUGUUCACUGUGUCUUUAAACUUCACACAGCAGCAUGAAAAACAUCCAUGAGUCUGUUUCACUCUGGGUCAGAAGGAAAACUUCUCAGAAAACUGAACUAUGCCUUUAGAAAAUUUCUGUAUUGUGUAUAUGUAAUAUGUAAAAAUACCUAAAUAGAGAUCUUAACAUUUUCGUAAAGCAGGAUGUGUACGUAUGCAUCCAUUUGUUUGCUGAUGCAUGACGAUUAUGUUGAAACUGCAUGCAUCAUGUGUGAUGUUGACACUGGACAUUAUCUCGAUGCCUUCGACUGCCCUAUGAGAUUUGCUUUGCAUGAAAGUACUGUCGUUUCAAAAGUGUUGUUAUGUAAGAAUAUUGUUACUGCACUGUUGUUGCUGAGAAAAGAAACAGAUUUCUAUUUUCAAUCACAGACUGUACCAAAAUUAUACAUUUAUUAUUUUUCAUACACCAGGCUCUAUAUUUAUAAUUCUCCCCUAAAAAUACAUUCUUAGAGAGGACAAAAAAGCACUUGAGUUAAGAUAGAAGCGAGAGGCAAGACUCCACAUGGUAUUGUGAAUAAAAUGCUGUGGCAUUUGUUGUUAUGAAGUCAUGUAAUGGUUAUUGUUCAGUUAUGGAGAAAACAGAGGAUACCUGACAAAACUGUGACAUAAAUAUAUGGAUGCAUAAGGAAAAAGAUCCAUCAUGGUGUGAAUACACUGAACUGUCACAAAGUUAUCGACAAAAUAAAUAAAAUACAUGAAUGAA